AUGCCCAGCAUGGCCGUCUUUUCAGGGAAACGGCGCGUAAUACUGCUCCCUGCGCUUUUGUUUCUUUUCCUCUUUACACUUCUUGCAGUUGAUGAAUCCUUGAAACCGGGCCGUUUCAGCAGAAUCAUCACCAACAGGCCGACGACGUCGCCAGAGUCAAGGCCAAAAUCUCGAGUAUCUUCAUUCCACUAUCUCGUGCCCGCAAGCUCUCCAAAUAUCAAAUUAUGCUACAACAUCAUUUCUGCAGCUGUCAACAGAUAUCCAGCAGCGCUGCUUCUCGGCUGGAAAGGCAAGGGCGAGAUGGACGCCGCCGAGACGCAUCUGGCCAAGCUGCGCGCCAUUCAGCAAUACCUCCAAAAUCUGUCAGCGGACAACGACGACGAUCUGGUGCUCAUUGUGGACGGCUACGACAUUAUUAUGCAGCUCCCUGUUGAGAUUAUGAUUGAGCGCUACUUUACGAUUCAGAGAGACUCGGAUGCCCGACUCGCCGAACGCUUCAACAUGUCCGUCAGCGCGCUGCACGACAAAGGCUUUCGCAACACCAUCUUUUGGGGCCCAGACAAGAUCUGCUGGCCCAUAGACUGGUCCGCGCCGAGGUGCUGGGCCGUUCCUGCUUCGCAUCUCGAUGCCCACACGUUUGGCCCCAACCAGGGCGACGGCGGCAUGGCCACCAAUGACCCCAAGUGGCUAAACUCUGGCACCGUCAUCGGACCCGUGGGCGAUUUACGAACGUACAUCAACGUCACCAUGGCCGAGAUUGCGCGGACCUACGACGCCAAUUUUGAAAACAGAGAGUCGGACCAGUAUUAUCUGGCCAACGUCUGGGGCCGGCAGGAAUACCACCGCUCCAAGGAGGUGCUGGCGCUUCGCAGCGACGUGGAUGACGAGGCUGCCGCGAAGCUCGAGGGGAGCGACGAGUUCAAGCUGCCAGAUCCGCUGGCAUUUCCAGGCGAGCCGACGGAAUUCCACAUUAGCAUCGAGUACGAGUCGGCGCUUUUCCAGACCAAGGCGGGCUACGAAUGGUACUUUGGACACAUGAAAUUUGACCAGCCCGGCUACACGGCACGGAUGGAUGUGGACAUGUUUGAACAGGGUACGUCAUUUGUGCCUUAUUCAAUUGCAAUGCCCGCUGCGGUGUACGCGGCCUUGAGCAGGAUAUAUGAGGCGGCCGUUAAGCCAUCGUCGGCCGCUCGCCAGGCUGUCUCAGAAGAAGAAGAAGAAGCGGCGCCGCACCGGAGCCGACGCGAAGCCACCGCCACCUCCAGCCGCAGCCGACUACCCGCGAGCGAGUGGCUCCGCUCCGCCAGUCUGGGUGUCAAUUACGUGACGCGUCACAUCUACGGCCUCUGGCACUGCACGGGCGGCAAGGAGUUCAUCGACGGCGAGUACAAGGCCAUGUGGUUCUUUCCCUAUGUUGCCAGCUUGCUGCGCGCCAACGCUCUCGCCUCGCGCGCCGGCGACCAGCUCACGAGCGCAGAGAUGGACGGCCGCGCCUGGCUGCCCCAGCUGCAGUAUCCCGUCGAGGACUCGCGGAACCCCAUGGAAGGCGGCGAGUACGGUGGCGCCUUUACCGACUAUGAGGGCGAAGAAUUCUUGUCGUUUGGGCAGCUGUGCGGCGAGUGGCAGGACACGCUGUUUUCAGGCGAAAUGGACGCCGUCGCCGCCAGAGAAGAAGGCAGAAGCUAA